AUGUGCACCCAGUCCCAGCAGUCGUCGUGGUCCUCGGCCUCGGACUCGCCCUCGUCCUCGAGCUCGUCGUCGCGGUCGUCUUGGGGCAGCGGCAGCGGCUACCGCGGUCGCGACUUCACCUACGUCUCGUCCGGCGUCAACAGCCAGGGCGACCACUACUGCCGCCGUGACUACGGCCCAGACGCCCCCAACCAGAACAGCUACCACUACAGCAACGCCGAUGGCAGCUACUACUACUCGAACCCCGACGGCUCGACCUACUACAACAACGGCCGCGGCUUCGCCCGUUACACUCCUCCUGGCAGCGGUCAGAAGUGA